AAGUUCUUAUGAAUUUUCCAGGCAUGUAGAGAUCUAGUUGAUGAAGCAAAGAACUAUCUGCUACUGCCUCAAGAGCGCCCCCUCAUGCAAGGUCCUCGUACGAGACCAAGAAAACCCAUCAAGACUGGGGAGGUGCUUUUUGCAGUUGGUGGUUGGUGUAGUGGUGAUGCCAUAGCUUCUGUUGAGAGGUUUGAGCCUACAACAUGUGAGUGGCGAAUGGUGGCUCCAAUGAGCAAGCGACGUUGUGGAGUUGGAGUUGCAGUGUUGUCUGAUUUACUGUAUGCUGUUGGAGGACAUGAUGGACAGUCUUACCUCAAUAGUGUGGAAAG